GCAAGAGAAGAAGCUGAAAUGGAGAAGAACCCAACAAACUCAUCGUCUCUCCCUCUCGCCGGGCGAGUAGCCGUUGUCACAGGUUCCUCCCGUGGGAUCGGACGUGCAAUCGCCGUCCAUCUCCAUUCACUCGGGGCAAGAGUCGCCAUCAAUUACGUCUCGAGCUCACCAGAAGCCGACCUCUUGGCCUCAGAGCUAAACGCCUCAUCCCCACCGUCCGAGCCAACGGCCAUCGCCGUCAGAGCAGACGUUUCAGACCCUGAUCAGAUCGCCCACCUCUUUGAUCAAUCGGAGCGAGAAUUCGGGUCUAAAGUCCACAUCUUUGUGAACUGCGCUGGCGUGCUUGACCCAAAAUACCCGGCUUUGUUCAACACCCCGCUGGAAGAUUUCGAGAAAACGUUCACGAUCAACACCAGGGGAGCUUUCUUGUGCUGCAAGGAAGCCGCGAACAGAGUCGUGAGAGGGGGAGGAGGGAGGAUCAUAAUGAUGUCGACGUCUCAGGUGAGUGCCCUUUCGCCGGGAUACGGCGUCUACGCCGCCUCGAAGGCGGCCGUGGAGGCGAUGGUGAAGGUUUUGGCUAAGGAGCUGAAGGGGAAAGGGAUAACGGCGAAUUGCGUGGCGCCUGGUCCGGUGGCAACAGAUAUGUUCUUCGCCGGAAAAAGCGAUGAGACGGUGAAGAGAAUGGCGGAGGCUUGUCCGUUGGGAAGGAUCGGUGAACCGAAGGAUGUUGCGGAGAUUGUCGGGUUCUUGGCUGGUGAUUCUGGUGAAUGGAUCAAUGGUCAGGUUAUAAGAGCGAAUGGUGGGUUUGUUGUCUGAAAUUGUCUCUCUUUUCUUGAUUUCAGUUCCUCGAACUCUGGAAUUUUCUCGUUUUCUGAGAAAAAAAAAUCUGAU